GACAGGAUCAGCCCACUGGGCGCUGGUCAGCGAAGACCAUCUCGUUCCCCGAGGAGCCAGCGAAGCCGCAGCGCGGACGUCGACCGCCUAAGAAAGUACGCGGAGCGCAUUGAGGAGCGCAGAAACACCGAAGGAGGUGAGUCCUGGCGACUGAAUCCGUCCCGCUGGCUCCCGAGGUCCCGGUCCGGGUCUCGGAGUCCUUCUGCAGAGCGGAAACCUUCUCUGAGUCCCGUCAGCGACAAGCUGGACCUUCCUGCCCAAAUUUCUCCUUCUAAGGCCCUCCAAAUUUCUCCCAGCUUGGAGCGCCGUCGCGUGUCCAGCUUCGAGGAACAGUCGCGGGUAGUAAAGCCGGCUUGCAGGAGCCUGAGUUCCGACGUCGAGUCCAGGGACCGAAGGCUCGAUCGAAGAAACACCGAGGUCACUCACGAGAAAAUUCUGUCCUUCAGGUGGGUUCCUAUCCCGAAAAUCAGCGACCCCUCGGAGCCUCCGAAACUCGCCAAUAGAUCCGCGAGAAACGCCGCCAGCAAGUGGAUGACCUUUGCUAAGUACCAGCUGCCCUCUAGUCUGCCCAGGCAAAGCUUGUCCGUCGAGAGGAAAGCUUCGGUUCAGCUCCAGGAGACUCCCAAGUGGCCCGUCAGGAAGUUUCACUCGGAAAACUCCAAAAGCGAGAUUGAAAUUGACAAUGAAAUUAUCAACGAAUCUUAUCUCGCGAAGAAAAACGACCCCGUGGAUAAAAUUGCGAGGAUUAGUCAGAAGAUCCGCGAGUUGUAUGACUUCAAGACGGAAAACGAAUGGCCAAAACGGGCCUCCAAUGCCUCGAAUCAGUACACCUGGAUCAGCAACAGCAGCGAAGAUGAUAAGCAUGAUGGGGGUAAAGGUAAACAACCCAGGAGGAGAAACAGCAAGGAUUUGGAGUUUAAUGACAGAGUCAACAGCGCUAGGCCCAAAAUCAGGAGGCAAAACUGCGAAAAUGAAGAAAAUUAUGAUAAUUUUGCGGAGAGAAAAGGCGUGAAGAGGUUUAGUGAAGAAAGGAUGAGGCUUAGUGAAGAUUUGACUACUAACACUCACAAAGCCAUUGUUCCGGAGAGAAGGACCUUUUCUGAUGACCAUGAGACCAGGAACAGACACAGUUGGGAUGGAAGAGAUUGUGGGAGGAAUAAUAAUUGUGGAGCGAAAAGGGACUCCGAUGUCAGUGGAAGUUAUGCUGAGGUAAUUUCUAAGCGCACUAGCGAUGCUAGUUAUGUUAGCAUCGGGAAAUCUCCCAGUGUUGAGAAUAAACCCUCGGAGAAAAUCAUCGAAGUACCGCCGAGACGCGCUUUAAGUCAGGGUGAAGAACGCCCGGCGACUCCUUUACCUACCAACGAUCAACUCAACGAUGAUUUGCCGUCCAAGUCGAUGAUGCUGAGGGCAAAGAGAAAGAGUACUAGGUAUAAAGUUUACUUGACGUAAUUUCGUGGGGAUUAGUAUGUUAAGGGCUUUUGGUACACUGAUAGAAGGAUUUCUUACACGGAAAAAAGAAAACUCGAAAAAUUACAGUAUAAAAUGUAAAAUCAGUCCC